AUGAAAAUGUCUAGCAGAGCUCAUCUAGUGGCAGUAGGGAUAUUUGGGCUCAUAUUUGUAAGCCUUACAGGGCAGUGCUAUGGGGCACUAGAGGUAGGGUUCUACGAGAGAAAGUGCCUUGCUGAUGUUGAAAAAGUAGUAGCUGAUGUAGUCAAGGCAAAGUACAAAAUGGACCGAACAAUUGCUGCUGCUCUCGUUCGCAUGCAGUUCCACGAUUGCUUUGUGAAUGGAUGUGAUGCGUCCAUUCUACUAGAUGGAAGCUCCAGUGAGAAAACAGCUCCUCCGAAUCUCAGUGUACGGGGUUAUGAUGUCAUUGAUGCCGCAAAAGCUGCAGUCGAAGUUGUAUGCCCAGGAAAGGUCUCCUGCUCGGAUAUCAUUGUAAUGGCUACCAGAGAAGCUGUAUGCCUGAGUGGAGGAGGGCGAUACAGUGUUCAAACUGGGAGAAGAGAUGGCUUUGUAUCUCUUGCAUCAAAUGUUGAUCUCCCAGCUCCAUCAAUUUCAGUGAAUCAAUCUGUUGCAGCAUUUGCUAGAAAAGGACUCAAUGCCAUUGACAUGGUUUAUCUUCUUGGCGGUCACACCAUUGGGGUGGCACAUUGUUUUCUCUUCCAAGACCGUCUAUACAAUUUCCAAAACACUGGCGGACCUGACCGGAGCAUGGAUUCAUCAUUGCUGCAAAAGCUGAGAUCUAUCUGCCCUCAAAAUUCAGCAGGCAGUAAAACUGCUGAUCUUGACCAGAACGAGUACGUACCAAGUUCGUUCAUUGUUGACAACUCAUUCUACAAGCAAAUACGAGCCAGGAGAGGAGUUCUUCAAAUAGACCAAGAGCUAGCUUUCGACCCCAUAACUCAGUCCACAGUGACAACAAUUGCCAAUAGUUUUGGCUUCUCCGCGAAAUUUGGGCAGGCCAUGGUUAAGUUGGGAGCAGUGGGAGUACUUACAGGCACGCAAGGGGAGAUCAGGAAAUCAUGCAGAGCAGUUAACACUCCUUGA